UUCACUCAGUUCAUAAACUGUACACCAGAGUUAGUUUCACUCCCUUUCCAAUUCCUCCAAAUCACUCACCUGCAAUUCCACCAGAUGCCAAAUCAGACACUAGUAUUCUCAUCUUUCUUCAACUUCCUGCUUUUAUUAUCUGAUUCUUUAUUGUUCAUGAAAUGGCAUCAAAAUGUAUUGUUCCAUGGUGUAAACAAAACCAAAAUACCCAAAUUUACCCUGAACUCACCGAGAGCGUAUAAGUUUCUUCCUAACUCCAACGGGUUUAACACAUUUAUAUAUUCAGUUCUAUGCCAAAGAAAUGCCCAGGAUCUCGAUACGACAAUUCCAUAAAAGUGUCAAGAGAGUAUGUUAAACUUAUAGCCUUUUUAUCAGAGAAGUGACUAACAAAUCAGAUGAUUAAUUGGAAUGAAUCUGAAGUUUUAAUAGAUAGAAAAUCAAAAUUUCAAGGUCGUGCUACAAUAAUUAAGCCUGGCCAGGAUAUAAACAAACUAUUGGAGGACUUAGUGGCCAAUGACAAAUCAUUGCAAAAGGCUAGUCACAAGACAAUGCAUGCUUGGAGAACAGGUACUGAGGAUGUAAAACUGGGUAAAAUUAAUCCAACUAAUCAAGGUAUGAGUGAUUGUGGUGAGAGUGGUGCUGGUGUUCGAAUUAUGACAUUGUUGGAGAGGUCUCAUUUGAUAAAUGUUUUGGUUGUGGUGACUAGAUGGUAUGGUGGUACUGCGUUAGGGCCUGCGAGAUUUAGACAUAUUACUACUGUAGCUGUGGAAAGUUUGAGGAAUGGUGGAUUUUUGAAAGUUGAAGGUGAUGAUCAUGAAAAGACUACAAAGAAGAAGUCUAAAAAGAAGAAGUGAAGGGGAUUAUUAAAAUACUGUCAUUGUUGGUAUUAUAGAUUUCUUGCGGAAAUUGAACCUUGUUAAUGGUGUGAUUUCAUAUCCAUGCGGUGUUGAUGAGAUCCUGUAUGUCUUUAUUGAUCCUGUUCCUCCAAUGAAUAAGAUAUAAUCAUCAUCACCAUCGUGAACUAAUUCCAUUGAAGCCAUUGGACCAGUUUCUAUAGUGCCCUGCCAUGUUUGAAGUAUCUUGAAGCUUUUUAUCUCUAUCAAAUGAACAUUACCAAAAGAGUCCAAUGUCAAGAUAUUAUGAUCACCAAUUUCAAACAUUUUAUUGACAGUUAUUUCCAAUACAGAUAAUGGACACAUUGAAAUAGUUGUAUCAAACAACAUCAAUUUCCCAAACUUACUAGCAAGAACCAAUUUUAUCUUUCUUGGUGAAGUUGGA